ACAAUUAAGGUAUUUAAUUCCAGACCAGUGUGACCUGCAGCUAUGACUGAUAUGUCCAUGUGAAACGCCUAUAAAGUGAAGUUCACUAUGUACAUACAAACAAUGAUAGGGACUGAUAUAUAAGCACACAGUGUGAUCGUUCACGUUUACCUUGCUAUUGGUGUUAGUAUUACUUAUACACAGGACUAUUUCAUAGGCCUGACUGAAAUACCUGGGAGUUUACCUGGGCGAGCACGUGACAACAUGUGUGAUUUAUAAGUUGGCGGGCAUCUACAUAGAUUUAACUUCAGACGAAAACAAAGGGUUGUCCGCGGUGUAGUUUGGGACUGCAGCAGGGAGUUCUUCUUAAACUGUUCGGUAUAUGACAUAAUGUGUGAUUCUCUUAAUCCUUAGUGGACAUCAGGAAUAACUAUGGUGAUUCUGAGGACGAACUUUAUCAAGUGUGUGGUGAUAGGAGACGAUGCUGUGGGUAAAACCAGCAUGUUGGUGUGCUAUGCCACAAAUAAAUUCCCCGAGACGCAACAUCUUCCCUCUGUCUUUGAUAACUAUGCGGGGAACAUUUGCAUAUCUGGAAAGCGAUAUCACCUGCAGCUGAUUGACACAUUGGAACAGGAUCCAUGUUCUGACAUCACACAACACGUGUUUCCAGGAACAGACGUGUUCGUCGUGUGUUUCUCAGCCGUCAGACCAGAGUCUUUCAACAAUGCUGAAAAGAAAUGGAUCCCCAUUAUUAAGAAACAAAUGGGGGACACCCCUUACAUACUGGUUAACACACAGACUGACCUUCGAACGGACAGUACCGUACUUCAGGAACUUCGGCGAUGUGGUCGGAGUCCAAUAUCCAAGUUGGACGGCGCUGCCAUGGGGAGACGACUUGGAGCGUCUUCUUACAUCGAGUGUUCGCCAGGCGAUCAAAAGAAAAUGAAACAAUUGAUAAACAAUGCUAUAGUAUCUGUGUUGAGUCCGAACGACUACAAUGGACAAGCAUGUACCAUACUGUAGCUGGUCAAUAGGACGGGUUAUCAAUGUCCUGGAGAGAGUCUUCCAUGAAAGAGGCCAUUGGUAGUACUAGCAGACGUAUUGCUAUGAAUAUUGGACGUACUGAUAGACACAAUGCUAUGACUAUAUUAGGCAAAGUGUCCACUGGAAUUUGUGUUUUCAGUACUAAAUAUAUUACUUGAAGUUUUUUUUGUCAUUUCGUAUUCAAAUACUCGUUAAUAAGCCUAAUGAUCAUAUAAUGCAAGUCAGAGUUUUGUUGGAUGUUCUUUGAAGAAAUAAUUAUUAACUAUGAUGGAUCUGAACUCACGUAUCGAAGCUCUGAUUUUGCUAUAAGAGAGUAUAAGAGAGUACAAGAGAGUUAGGGCAAGUAUGGCCCGCGUGGCCGGCCCAACUGAACAGUUGACGAGAGAGUUGAUGUCUGACCAUCCAAUUUAUAUUUGAUAAACGAUAUUCCCUGUCUCAUAUCUAUACACAUAUACUGGAGCCAUUACAAAGCAAUGUGUUUUACUUCAAACCAGAGAGACGCAAGAAGCGUAUCUAUGACAUUGAUAAACAAAUUAUUUUGAUUUUCCUUAUUUAAAAAAAUUACCAACGGUUCAGAAAAUUUGAAAACGAAUGAUGAUGCAUUAUAUCUUUUAGCGAAGGACUAUGUAUACAGCGCGGUGUGUCAAAUGUGAAAGUUAAAAAAACAGCGUUCUCAAAGCUGAGGAGCAAGUGAUGUAGCGACACCUAGUAAUUUUAUUAUCUCUAGUUUAACCCGGUCAGUCGACAAACACGCAACCUAUGGUUCAAUCAGGAGUCGAAACAAGACCUUUCUCACACGCAAUGUUAUAUGUACUUAGUGAUACCGAGGCAAGUACUACUAUAAACUAUGUAACACUAGUUCAGUUGAUAUAUACAUAUUUAUAUAAAUAGUUUGACCGAAACACGCCCAUCAAACCGUCAUGUACAUAGUAUCAAAGAGCGUUUUUUAUUGAGAAAACUUUCGGCGAAAUUUUAAAACGCUUCACACAACAACUCAUUGAGACAGAACAAAAGUAAUUUACUGAGAAAAUUUCCAGACAAACCUUCACGGAGUAUAUUUACUGGAUCCUACUGCAGUCGGUCCUGAAUGUGUUGAUACACACAAGUUAUUGCCUUUAUCUUGAGAUUUCAAACACCUGUUUACAUGUUUAUUGCAAACUCGGAAUAUAUCACUCAGUUCAGAAGGAAGCAGUUUUCCCUUUAUAAAUCUGUUUCAUAUUUCUAGGAUCAGAGAGUCCAUCAGA